GGCUACCGCACAAAUGGUGUUUCUUUGGGACGCGAAAUACGACCCAGCUCCUGGCCGGCGGUACACUCCCCCCUCCACCUCACUCGCCACGGGAGGGAAAAUGGCCGAGGCACUGCCUCUUGGAGCGCAGGAGCCGGGCGGAGGGGGCGCUCUGAUGGGCAAACUGCGCAUCGCCGACCAUGGCAUGGCAGAGGUACGACGACACACCGUCCAAUGACAAGUGUGCUUUGAAUUCACGUAUGUGAUUGUGAUGCUGUGUCGUCAGGUGAUCUCAGAUCAUCCAGGGGAGUUGGUGAAGACCGACAGUCCGAACUUUCUCUGCUCGUUGCUCCCCACCCACUGGAGGUGUAACAAGACGCUGCCCAUUGCUUUUAAGGUGGUAGCCCUCGGCGACAUCCCUGAUGGCACCUUGGUUACAGUGAUGGCUGGAAAUGAUGAGAAUUACUCGGCAGAGCUUCGGAACGCCACGGCCGCCAUCAAGAACCAAGUGGCCAGAUUCAACGACCUGCGCUUUGUGGGACGCAGUGGAAGAGGAAAGAGUUUCUCGCUGACAAUCACAGUAUUCACCAACCCCACCCAGGUGGCUACGUAUCAGAGGGCUAUUAAAAUUACAGUUGAUGGUCCCAGAGAGCCACGACGUCAUCGUCAGAAACUGGAUGAGGUCAAAGCUGGCUCUUUGGCGUUCUCCGAGAGGCUAACGGAGCUGGAACAGCUAAGACGGAGCUCCAUUAGAGUGACCCCUCCUCACCAUCAUCAUCACCAUCAUCAUCAACCCUCAGCAAACAGCCGCCAGUCUGCAGUUCUCAACUCUGCCUCAUUCUCCAGCCCUCAACACUCUCAAAUAACAGCUGAUUCCAGGCAGAUGCAGUCAUCUCCAUCUUGGUCAUAUGAUCAGUCCUACUCAUACCUUGGUCAAAUAUCUACACCUUCUGUUCACACAUCUAACCCACUGUCACCUGGUCGCUCCUCCCUCAGUGACCUGUCCUCGAGGCUUACAGGUCCUGACCUUACAGCCUUUGGUGAUCCCAGAAUGACCUUGCAACGACCUUUUACUUCCCUGUCCUCCCUUCCUGACUCCCGUUUCCCUGAUCCCCGGAUGCACUACCCUCCCACAGCAGCCGCUUUCUCCUACACACCAUCCCACAACUCCGUCUCCAAUAGCGCACUUGGCAUUACCAUGGCAACGGCCAUUGCGACCACACCAACAGGGCGGUACCACACAUACCUGCCUCCUCCUUACCCACCAAACAACCCUCACCAAGCUCAAAAUGGGCCCUUCCAGUCUACUUCGUCGCCAUAUCAUCUGUACUACUCCACCACCACUGGCUCUUACCAGUUCUCCAUGAUGGCUGGGGGUGGAAGCAGCAGUGACUCGCGCUCGCCACCAAGAAUCUUGCCGCCAUGCACUAAUGCCUCCACGGGCUCCUCUCUUUUGCACCCCUCUCUACCCAAUCAGAAUGAAGGAGUGAGUGUGGAGGUGGAAUCCAGCCACAGUAGCUCGCCAACAAACAUGGCUGCUACCGAAGCUGUAUGGAGACCUUACUGAAGCCACGGAGAUGGUCGUGUCUCAACAGGGCGUGGAAUCAUUACCGGCUACAAAGUGACAACUCAAGACCCCUGAAUAAACUGAGGAUUGAAACAUAAAUUCCUUAUCUA